AUGACGGAUAAUGCGAAUCAGGAGGCUCGCCCGGAGGAAGAAAGUAAGAAUGCCCCGGGGGAAACCAAUUUGAAGAAUUUCGAAAAGACCUUCAUCAAUGAUUGGCAGAAGGCAUUAAGGCGCGUAGAGGAAGGGAGGAAAUGUUGCGAACACCUGAGUAGAAUAUUUCAGGAACUUAUUUGCAUCGAAAAGGAGUAUGAACAAAAUUUGAGAAAUUUGUGUAACUCAUUUAAAGAUUUUAGUGAUGAAUCAUCUGGAAUUAAAAAUGGAAUAAUGAGUCUAAAAAAUAAUAUCGAAAGGAGAUGUGAACAGAUAGCAGAUUUUAUUAACUAUGUAGAAAGUGAAAUAAUAUAUAGUACCCUUAACACUACCCUGAUUAAUCACAAAAAUGUGUAUGACCAGAUUAGAUUAGAUGGAAUGGAAAGUGAUAAAAUGGUAGAGAAGACUAAAAGGGACACGAUAAGAUAUGUGCAAAAUUGUGUAAGUGCAUACGAGAAUUUAGUGGAUUCUAUUCACGUCUUUCACAAUAGCACUUACUACCACCCGAUGAAGCGGAUUGAACUCUCUAAUGUUUGUAUACAUAAAUAUUUACUAGCCAAAAAGAGGGAGUAUGAAUAUAAGAACAUCAUAAAUAAUGUAAACCAAGUGGAAUUGAAAAAAGAGAAAAAAAUGAAAAGCAUUCUCUACUCCCUUGAAUCGAUGGACUGCAAAAGAAUUUCAUGUAUCAAGGACAACGUGAUGAAAUAUUUAAUUUUUUUUACCUCCUAUAUUAGAAAUGUGCAGUAUGAUCUGAAUAGCUGCAUUGAUGUGUUUAAAGAUGUAGACGCAGGUCGGGAAAUCGAGGAGUACUGCGAAAUGUACUGUUCGCGGGAUGGCGCUGCUGGGAAGAGACAAAAGGAGGAUUUAUUCCUUUAUAAUAAUAUUGUCUCGUGGCCAAUGCUAAUAGAUCACCGAAAUGAAUUUAACCGUGUUGGUGUGGGAUCUUUGUACGGUAGUCGAGGUGACCACCCCGAUAACGACAACUAUGUGAGUAGCGCGAAAAGUAAGUAUGGCAACUUAUUAUCGUCGUUCUUUAACGUUAAUGCGUAUAAGAAUUUGAUUCAAAAUGAGCACAGCGAUCGGAGGAGGGGUACGGAGAGAAAGGGGGUCAACAGUGUGUAUACGAAUAUUUUUAACGAAAUUGUUUUUUUUAACAAGAAGGAUGUGAGCAGCGAGGGGGAGGACGAAGCCGGGGAGAACGAAGCGGGGGAGGAUGAGACGGGGCGUAGUGAUCAGGGUGGAAAUGGUGACUCGGAUAACCAUGAUGAAGUACCCAACCCGAGUGAAGAACUCAAUCACAGUAAGGAAGCACUUCGUGCGGGGGAACAAAACGAAAAAGGGGAAAUGCCUGUACAAUCAGGCAAAAGGGAACCUAAUGAGGGUGAGGCCAAUUCCAUGGUGAAUGCGCUUGCACCAAGGGAGGCAUCCCAAACGGGGAAGGACUUGAUAGAGGAUGAACAUAAUGUGGACCAGCAUCCAGAUGGGGAAGUUGUUAAUCUAGCAGAUGGCGCUGCCGAAGAGGAUUCUAUUAAAAGGGAGUUUGUGCAGGUGGAAAAUCGCCACGGAGAUGGCAUAAAUCGCACAGAAGAGGUAGACAAUCGGAGUAGCAACCCCGAGGGUGGGGGCGAUGGACAUAGUGUGAAACGUAACAGUGCGCAGUGCGCGUCUGAUCUGAGUUACAUAUACGUAAGAGACAUGUUAGAAAGGGAAUAUACGCAGAAGGAGCAGGAGUCAGACAGCGGAGGAAGCGAAGUGGAUUGUACAAACCGAUUUAAAAAAAUAGAGAUUUUUUUUCAAUUUUAUUUGAAGAAUUUAUUUCAUGGAAAUUUUAUGAAAAUAGAAGAAUUCAACAUAUCGUCAUAUUUCAACGUGUACAAUAAUCGAUUAAUUUUUUGUGAGUGUCUGAUGUAUUAUGUUAAGAAGGGGAAAACUUUUUUUAAAAAUAUGAACGCCAUGAUUAUAUUUGCAAGAAUUAUUUUGUCCUUUUUGGACUACUGCGAUUUGUACUUUGAUUACUGGUCUUCCAUCUACAUUUUGGUCGCUUCGGAAAAUUUUUAUUUUGAAGUGGUGGAAAAUUACCAGUUGGAUGUUAAGCGGUUGUUAGAGGAGUGCCAUUUUUUUGAGAAGUUUAAAAGGGGAAAGGCAGACGGUAGGGUGGAGUCUCCAUUGGGGGCAAUCCAAAUGAACGCUGGUCAUGUGAAGGAAAAGGGAAAAAACAACGUUGGGAUGGACGAUUUUUUCAUUAUGGAUGACGAUGAAAAUGAAAAGGGGGGUUCAUCUAAGGCACCUAACGCGCGGGUGGUUUCGAAGAGGAGUAUGACGAGUAGCAGUGUAAGAAGGAGUGUCGUGAAUAUAUACGAGAGUAGGGAAAAAGUGCAGAAGGAGGGUCAUGUGGAGAAGGUAGGCAAUGUGGAUGACCAUUCCAAUGGGGACGCUCCUGCGCUAUCUGAUGUAGAGGGUAGCGGACAGGAACAAGUAAUAACAAGAACAAACGCGUCCAGUGCGUCUAGGGAAGAGCCCCCAAAUGAUGAAAUCCCAGAGGAUGCGGAACAGAAGGAUCAUCAAAGGGAUACAAAUUGUGAACAGCAAGUUAAUGGAGAAGAAAGGAAGAGUGACGAACGCGAUUUUGUAGAGAGUAGUGGGAAAGACCCACGGAAGAAGAAAAUCCUGUUGCACAAAUUUGUGUACGCCCACAAUCUGUGGAACAAUAUAAAGUUUUGGGAAGUCAGUUUGUUAAUUAUCAUUUCGGAAAUAAUCCAAGAAAGUGUUUUAUUGGAAAAACUAAAAUACGAGAACAAAGAAUUGCUGAUUAAAAAGUAUUUUUUUUUUUUUAAAUAUUUUAAUUUCUACAACAGUAUGAUUGACUUCGGAUUAUCAAUUAAUCAAAUUGGUUUGCUCCUAAACAAAGUGUUUCACAGUUUUGACUUAAAGAAUGACCCCAUUUCUCGCAAAUAUUUUUUCCAAAUCAUUGACAUUGCGACGAAUAAAAAGAUCACUCUGAAUUAUAUUAAGACGGAUGUCGGGAAUUUGAACACGGAGUAUAAGAAGUACUACUUGCAGUACUACAACAACUAUUUAAAUGAUGACAGUCGGCCUGGGGGGAAGAAGCUUUGA